UGGCUGCACAUGUGUGCGGCGCUCCUCGGCGGCCUCUCUGGAGUCAGUGCAGUUCCACAGCUGGAAGCAAUUAUUCCAUCAGCAAUGGCUCUGAAUGCCGGAUUUGUCCCGAGAACAAGUGUGCCGAGGGCCUCCCGCUGUGAAGCCCGGGCCGUCCUUCACCGGUGCGGGAGCAUGGCGAGCGCAGCUCAGGGAGACAUGGAGCCCACACACAAGAGAGCCAAACACAAAGAGCCGCUGCGACGAGUGAGGAUCAAGGAGAACCGCAGCAGGAAGCAGGACUCGCACGGGCCGUCCAGCGUGUACCUGCAGGUGGUCGGUGCGGGCAGCAGAGACAACGCUGCUUCUCUCUACGUCUUCUCCGAGUACAACAGGUAUCUGUUCAACUGUGGCGAGGGGACUCAGCGCCUGAUGCAGGAACACAAGCUGAAAGCUGCACAGCUGGACAAGAUCUUCCUGACCAGACUGAGCUGGGAGAACGUCGGGGGCUUGUCAGGGAUGAUCCUGACGCUGAAGGACACUGGUGUUCCCAAGUGUGUUCUCUCUGGACCUCCACAGCUGGAAAACUACCUGAAGGCCAUCAAGUCUUUCUCUGGACCGCUGGAGGACAUCGAGCUGUCGGUGCGGCCGUACACCGAGGAGACGUGCUCGGACGAGACCAUGACGGUUCAUCAAGUGCCCAUAUUUGCGCAGCCGCAGUCCGGGCGGAGCCCAGACUCACGGUGCCGUCCAGGGAGUCCGGGUGGCAAGAGAAAAGAUUCCUGUCUGCUGGUGGCCUUCAUCUGCCGGCUCCAUCCCAAAAAAGGGAACUUCCUGGUGGCCGAGGCCAAAGAUCUGGGGCUGCCUGUAGGAACAGCAGCGAUUGGUGAGCUCAUCAAGAAGCUGAAGAACGGAGAGAGCGUCACGUACCAAGGGAAGGAGAUCCGACCCGAGCAGGUCUGCACCCCGACAGAUCCAGGACCGGUCUUCAUGGUGGUGGAGUGUCCGUCUGAGGAAUUUGUCAAACCCCUGUGUGAGAACCAGCAGCUGCAGCGGUAUCACUCUGGUGGGGAGGAGGACCCACCGGCGCUGGUGGUCCACAUGACUCCGGAGUCCCUUCUGAAAACGGAGCUGUACCAGGAGUGGAUGGAGAGGUUCCCGUCGCGGACAGAACAUCUGAUCCUCAACGAGAGCGCCACCACCACGCACAACCUCCGCAGCCACAAGAUCCAGGCUCACCUGAACAUGAUCCACCCGCACUUCUUCCCGCUGCUCCAGUCCUACACCGCCAAGGAUCCUCCGGCGGCCCCGCGGGUCUCCAUCGUCAGAGCCGAGUGCCUGCUGAAGUUCCAGCUCCGGCCAUUGAUGGAGUGGCAGAGAGACGCCAUCCCCGUCUGCCACACUGACCACUUCCUGCAAGAGGCUUCCCAAAUCCCCAACUUUGUGGAAGAGGCGGCGCAGUGCAGGAAGACGUGCGCGGCUGGCUCCGGACCGAAGGAGACGUUUCCCGAAGUGGUGUUCCUGGGAACCGGAUCAGCUCUUCCCAUGAAGAUCAGGAACGUCAGCAGCACUUUGGUCAACAUCAGUCCGAGUCGCUCUCUGCUGCUGGACUGUGGCGAAGGAACGUUCGGGCAGCUCUGUCGACACUACGGAGACGAUGUCGAUGAAGCUCUGUCCAGGAUCUCCACGGUCUUCAUCUCGCACCUGCACGCCGACCAUCACACGGGUCUGGUGAAGUUGCUGUACCAGCGGAGGAGAGCUCUGGUGACCUUGGGACGGACCUGCGGUCCACUCUUCCUGGUGGCUCCGGCUCAGAUCAUGGCCUGGCUUCAGCAGUACCACGACCACUGCGAGGAGCUCCUGAGUCACAUCAACCUCAUCCCCAACAGACUGCUGCUGGAGCACAGCGACCCUCGGGGGCAGAGGACUCACUCGUUCCUGGAGGAGAUGCUGCGUGAGAACCAGCUGCUGGAGUUCCAGACCUGCUUCGUGCGCCACUGCAAGAACGCCUUCGCCUGCAGCCUCCGCCACCAGUCCGGCUGGAAGCUGGCCUUCUCCGGCGACACCAUGCCCUGCGACGCCUUCGUCCGCAUCGGAAAAGACGCCACUCUGCUGAUCCACGAGGCCACGCUGGAGGACGGGAUGGAGGAGGAGGCGGUGGAGAAGCGGCACAGCACCACCUCGCAGGCCAUCGGCAUCGGGAUGAGGAUGAACGCUGGCUUCAUCAUGCUCAACCACUUCAGCCAGCGCUACGCCAAGAUCCCGCUCUUCAGCGAGGACUUCACCGAACGAGUGGGGAUCUCCUUCGACCACAUGCGGAUCCCCCUGUCGGACUUGAAAACCGUCCCCAAACUCAUCCCUGCUCUGAAGACGCUCUUCGCCGAGGAGAUCGAAGCCAUGGAGGAGCGACGCGGGCGCCGGGAGCUGAAGCAGCUGGGUCUGAAGCGGGAUCCGGAGCUGUCGCCUGACGUGGCAGAGCAGAAGAAAAGACUGAAGGCGAGUUGAGGGGGAGAGAGUAGCUUUGUUGCAGUGACACUUUUUAUUUGGCUGCAGAACUUUGGUGCUUUGCUUUGGAAUGAACUCUGAAAAAAAUCAUGAUAAUAAAAGCCAACCACAGAUUUUCUUCAUCUCU